CCACCAUCACCACCUUCGUCGAUCGACGUCGAGAGCGAGGAAGGCGUCCCUAGGAAGCCAUGGCCUUUGGGCCUCCGACAGAAGCAGGUGGUGCAAGCGGCGGUCUCGCAGGCGGCGAAGGGACCCGGCGGGGCAUCCCACCAGGCACAUACGUUAGCCAUGACGGCGCCGACCACGGCCACGCUUCGCCGUCUUAUCCUGAACGGCAGCAGCAGCAGCAGCAGCAGCAUGGCGUCGCAUUCGACAUCCGAAGCGAUCCACGAGAACCAGAAUCAAGCGAUCGCCUGCCAUCAAUGACGUCCAGCGACGCGAAGAGCUCUGAUAGGAUGGAUGGCAUCUACAGCCAAGAGGAUAACGCGGCUGGACCAGACUUUGGGACAGGCAACGAAGAAGUCGGAGCCGCGGCAGCAGGAGAGGGCGAAGAGGACGAUGGUGGCAUCAUCAGGUGCAUCUGUGAAUGCGACGACGACGAUGGCUUCACCAUUCAAUGCGAUCGCUGCCUCGUGUGGCAGCACUGCGCCUGCUUUGGCAUGUCGCAGGCCAGUGUUCCAGAGGAGUACCAUUGCGAGCAAUGCGAGCCUCGGCCUGUCGACGUCGGUUUUGCCAAGGCGCACCAGCAGCGGAGGAGAGAGGCAGAGAUGCGCAAGGUAGCAGCUGAACGCUCCCUUCGUCGCCAGAGCCUGUCGUCCGCGUCGGUAGGCGCAAGUGUCGAGUUCCGCGAGCCGCCCUAUCCUGAAGCCUCAGAUGUCCACCUGGCCCACAGCAACUCGAUUUCAGAGCAAGGGAGAUGGAUGGAGGGAGACGACCCGACGGGCUCAGCUCAUGGUCUGGAGGGAGCUCUGGCAGCAGCAGGCCAGAGCAACGGCAGUCUCUCGCGCGCGAGGAAGCCCUCGCAACAGCUCGAUCUCUCCAACACAUCUUUCUCGGAUCAGGCGGACGCAGGCCCACUGAGUGCGCAGGCGGCAUCCAAGUCGCACAAACGCAAAGGUGGCUCCAUCUCUUCCUCUGCCAGGACGGCAGCCUCAACACCAGCGCGAAAGACACCCUUUGCAAACACAGCGGCCAACAUUGCCGAUCGCUUCGAUGAUGGCGAAGGUCUGGACCGCCUUGAGGCGUGGCAUAUUGAGUACACGCCGGCAGCGAAGAAUGUGGUCGCCGAGGCACAAGUCCUGUCAGCCCUCGCUUCGGCCAUGAUCGACUAUGAGCACGGAGGGUCACCUAUCAAGGCUCACCGAGGUUCUGGAAACAGACUCGUCGUACCUGUGGUGGGCAAGAAGUUCAAGCUCGCCCAUCAGCCGGCCUCGUUGCUGGAGGGCGAAAGGGAGAGAGACAAGUUUGACAGCCCGAACGAGGAUGCAGAAGGUGCAGCGGCGACGGGCAGUGGCGAUGAUCGUGGCGCAUCUGCUACGCCUCUGCCCGAUUCGGUUACAGCCUAUGGCAUGGGAAUCUCGGCUGUGGGCAAGGAAUGCGUUCCCGUUGAGAUGGUCGGUCUCGAGGAGGGCCUGUUCCAGGCAACGCAGCGGACAUACGUCAAGCAGAUCUCCGAGCAGGCAUCGUCGGGCAUCUUCAACUCAAUCUUGACCAUCGCGCCACUGCCCAGCGAGCCGCAGAGGCCGUGGUCCGCCUCCAAGAUGUUCUCCAGGCCCGUCAUGCACGGCCUCUUUGCUGAUGCCAGCAUCCCAGCCGGCUGCUUCAUUGCCGAAUACCGCGGUGAGCUCCUCACCGCGGAUCGCUAUCGACGCGAGCCUCUCAACCAGUACGCAGCCGUGGGGGCCACCAAGCCCCAUGUCCACCUCUUUCCCCCGCCCUUGAAUCUGGCCAUUGACGCUCGACGCUUCGGUACCGAGGCCAGAUUCGCACGAUCCAGCUGCCAUCCCAAUGCGGUUCUGCGGCCCAUUUUGCUCCGGCGUACGCCAGACUCGGAACCUGAGCUCCUCUUUGGUAUCUUUGCCAUUGCAGACAUUCCGCGAACCCACGAAAUCACUCUCGGCUGGGAGUGGGACGACGCUCAUAUAGUGCACCUGCUCCCCCAAUUGGUCAAGAAUCCAGCGCUGGGUCUUCUGGAUGCCAGCUACAACGGCCACAAUCAUAGGGAGACAGGAGGUCGCGGUGGCAGGCCUCAGUCGUUCUCGUCCAACACUCGGGUGGCCGAGCGUGAGAGAAGGGACGCAGCUCUGGCCCUCCUUGCUGAGCGAGGCGACUUUCCCUACGCAUGCACCGUCUUUAGUGAGAAGAUGAAUGCCGUCUUGGCUGUGCUUCUCGGUUCGAGCUUGUGCGCAUGCAUUGGGUCCGCCGCCGCGCCAGCCGGCCAAGGCGGAGGAGCGAGUUCGCACAAUGCCAAGCGGCAGGACUGCGCCAUUGCCCAGAUGCUCCGCCUGGCGCAGGGCAUGGCGCUCCUCAACGUCGUGAUGCCCGGCACCAAGUCACACCGCAAGAUCCGCCAGCCCGACUUCUCGCCACUUGUCGGCGCCAAACGAUGGUGGAGGCCCCUCGCCAUGCCGCCGACGCCACCCAGCCCGAAUGAGGACAAGAAUUAUGAGAGCUUGGGGGUCCCCUUCAAGCGCCUGCUGGGUGCAAAGGUCGGUCUGGUGUCUGAGAGCGACUUCGUCCGAGCACUCGAAGAAAGACGGCGCGGGGCCCACGACGAGGCUGACGAUGCCGUGGACGAAGACGGGGAGGACGAGGAUGAGGAAGGCGAUGAGGAAAGCAUGGUCGAAGGAGGGUCGGCUGAUGAGCAGAGGGUCGACGAUGACGUUGAGAUGGACUCACAAGCGUCUUCUGCCACCGAGCCGCUGUCGGAUGGAAGCCAAGACGAGGGCGACGACGAUGCCGUUGUUGCGAUGGACGUCGAUCUUACCAAAGUGAUGGGCGCCUCGGGCAAGCUUGGCUUCGAAGACCAUGACUCUCACACCUUGCUUCCCUUGAAGAAGCGCGUGUCGGGGACCAGACUCAAGGCCACAUAUUCGGGCGGCGAGGAGUCGGAUGCGGAUGCAGACGCCGACGCUGAUCCCUCGGGCCGAGCCAAAGGAGCUCGGAGCGAGAAGAAGCGCAAGCAGCAGCAGCUCAGGAAGCAGUCACAAAUGCCACAGCGAAAGGGCGCUUCAAAAGCUGCGAAAUCGGUCAAGGCAAAGGCCUCCAAGAGAGACAGAUGGUUCAGUGAUGAGGAGGAGGAAGCAGCAGCUCAAGUCAAGGACAGUCGUCGACGCCGCGACUCGAGCCGUGCUGUGCCUCCGAGUUCUCCUUUGACAUCUGCACCUGAAGAUGAAGAAGACGAGGAGGAAGGCGAGAGGAGCGUCGACAGAGACCAGGGUGUUUCGGACGAGGAGGACGAGGAAGACGAGGUCACCAGAUCACGUAGCAAGCGCUCCAAGUCCAGAAGGACAGUGCCCGAAAGAAGGGAAAGGGACGCAGAACGCAAGCGCCGAGCCGAUGACAAACGCAAGCAGGCGCUCGCCGAACUGGAUGGAGACAGUGAGACAUCUGGUCCCGAUGACGACGACGACGAGGGCAGAGACGAUCCUGGGCAGAGUGACGACUCGCAAGGUCCUCGACGAGGAUCUGAGUCAGUACCUCGUCGGCAGAAGAGACGAACUUCGUCCUCUGCUGUCGACCGCCCCUCCUCGUCAAAGAAGGCCAAACGUCACCGUCAAGCUGCCUCGAGUGAGGAAAGCGAUGCUGAGGGUGAGGGCUCCACCUCGAACCGUCGUGUUUCUCGUGUCUCUCCCGCCUUUGAAAGAGGUGCCAGUCCAACGCCUGCGCAACCUUGGCAAGUGUCCCAAGAGGUCCCGGCGGCCGAAGAACCGUCUCGGCCGCCGCCGCUUCCAAAGGUGGCAGAAAUGCCAAAGCAAAAGCUCUCGUUGGCCGACUACAAGAAGCGCUUGGCAGAGCGCCGUACCUCGGCCAACACUGCCGGCAACAGUGGGCCUCUGACGCCUGCCACGCCAUUGACGCCUUCUGUGACCACGCCUGCCUCGCCCGACAAGCCCAUUUUCGAUCGCACCCCUGUGUCCACGCCAACGACGAACCCGAUGGGCUUCCACUUCCCGUCGUCUGCUAGCACUCCGCCAGUGCCCCCUGUUCCCCAACCUCAAGAGCCUCCCCUUCCUCAAUCACGUCAGCAGCAGCAAAGCGACGCGUCCUCCUUCGUGCCGCCUCCGCCUCCUGCCCCCGUCCUUGCGGUCAAUGUGCCUCGCUCCUCAUCGACUAAUGACACCGAGGCAUCGACGCUCCCUCAAGCGUCCUCUAUCGGGCAGGAAAACACACCAAGUGAAGAGCGCUCCAUGUGGCCUCCGCGCCCUUCGCAAUCGCAGCUCAACAGAUCUUCUACUACCUCUGCCGAGCCUCCAAGCCCGCGCGCUUUUGGAUUUUCUCCGGUCCGCUCCACCUCUGGCCAAGCCAGUACAGUUGGCGGUCCUGCUGUUCCUCGCAGCUUUGCAUCGCGAGCCCAGUCGCCGCCCGCACCUCAAGGUUUCAAUCCACCUCGAGGCCCAAAGGCACUUGUCAGCAGCAGCACCGGUGCGUUCACCUCAACGUCGGCCACUUCGCCACCGAUGAAUGCGGUUGCGGGCACUAGUGCGACAUACCAGCCGAGCGCUCGAGCCGUGCCGCCUCCUGCACCGGCCGGUGGAUCUCAAGACGUCGUUUUGAAUCGACAUCGUCGACCAUCGAGCAGCCUUUCCGCUGGCAGCGCAACCUCUCCCCCGUUCGAAGGUGGCGCGUCUGCGGUUGCUGGCCUCACGCCAGUGCCUGCUUCGUUCUCAGAGUCUUUGACCCCUGGAGAGACGGGCGAUGCCACGGCAGGUGAACGACGAGACUCUCAAGAAGCGACGCCUGGAGUGCAGCCGCCGUCCAACCUGGCAGUGCCCUCUCCACCGAAAGUGACGUCGACAUUGGGAUCGGGAAAGGCGGUCAACAACCUCAAUGACUUUGCCAAUGUGCCCAAAGGUCCAGCGAGGAUGCGCGAACGGGAACGCGAGAGGGAGCGCGAGCGCGAAAGAGAACGGGAGAGAGAACGGGAGCGGGACCGUGAGAGAGAUCGCGAGUUGUCCAGCGGCAGGGAUAGGGAAGAGAGGGACCGAGAGCGAGAAACCGAGCGAGACAGAGAGCGGCUCAGAGAGCGGGAAAAGGAGAGGGAGAGGGACCGAGAAAGGGAGCGAGAGAGGAUGCGAGAGAGGGAAGCGCUGCGCGAAAGCAUACGUGAGAGAGACAGGGAAAGGGAAGCAGCGAUGCAGCAACAACAACAGCAGCAGCAGCACGACCGAGGCAAAGAUCGAGAUUGGAGAGAUCGAGCGCGGGAUCGCGAAGGAAGAAGGGUCGAAGACGAAGGAUUCGGUCCAGCACCACCGCCGUUUGCGCACGGCAAUUUCUCAGGCAUGCCGCCGAUGGGCAUGGGCCCCGGCCCCGGUCCUGGCCCACCCCUGCAUGGAGGAGGUCCAGCGGCGCUGCAGCCUCCGCCUUUUGCGAUGGGACCACCUCCGCCAGGAUCAACUCCCCUCAUGGGCGGGCCAGGCGGCUUCCCACCAAGGGGCAGAGGAGGUUUCGGAGGGCCAAGAGGCGGUGGCGGAGGCUGGGGUGGCCGCGCCAGGACCCGUGGAAGAGCGAGUCGAGGAAUGGGCUGGCGAUGAUACCAUCUGUACACUACACUGCUACUACUAUCAUUUUCCCUGCAGACAAGCUAUCAUCUGUUGUAUCGGACGAGAGAAUGUGAGAAG